CGCGGAAGCCGGCGUCGCGCUGUUGUAUAUUCUUUCUUUCCAGCGCGCUCCGACCUCCAUUGUUGGCCCUGCGACGAAAGUACGCGUAGGCAGACUGAUCGAGUGCGUUAGCGGAACAAAUCGAAUGUGUUAGGGACGAGAACUUGUGAUGCCGUGCUGCUGCGCCUUCGGUUGCCGCAACAGAAACAGCGACGGCAAGAGGCUUUUUGCUUUACCAUCCGGCGAGCGCAACGCACAAAGAAGAAAAGUGUGGAUACAGAGGAUCGGGCGGGCUUACUUCGAGGAAGUGGCCAAACACGCACGGCUUUGUGAAGAUCACUUCACUGAAGAUCAGUUUGAACCGCAAAUCCUUCAAAAAAGCGGCAUUAAAAAGUUGAAGCAGGAUGCAGUGCCGAACAUUUUUGUACACAAUAAGCAGCCUAAAUUGAGGAAGCCACCAGCCCUCUGUGCAGUAAUUCAGCCAACUCUGCACACACUUAGUGGCACGUAUCUUCAAGUUCAAGGUACUGAAGGUUCAAAAUCUGAUGCUCACCUGUCUACCGAAACUUGUCACGAACCAUCAUGUGUUACAUCCAGUAAUGGCGUUGCAACACACGACCGCAACAGCUCCGUUCAAGAGGAGGUGCCCGUGUGCAGCCCCAUUUCUGAAGUGCCUCUAAAUGACACCCCCUCCACGUCCGAUGGCUUUCCUACAGAUGAGAGCAACAUGCCUGGUUCUUCGUGGCAAAAUGAGAAAUGGAAGCCAGUGUAGAAGCGUCUGGCGUAAACCUGUUAAUUGAAGCUGCUGAGCAACUGCACAAUAAGGUGACCGCCUGCAGCCCCAUUUCUAUUGAACUGCCUCUAAACAUGACAGCUUUUCAUGGCUCAGUUCCAGACGUGCCACUUCCUAUCGCAGUGGCUGGCUAUAUUGAAGCAAGCCAGGCGCCCAAUCAAACUGUUGCUGCUCUUCAGAAAAGGAUUGCUGAGCUUGAAGCCCAACUACAGGCCUCACAGAGUUCUGCUCUUGCACAUAAGCACAAGAGAAAAGCCAUUAAUGCAAAAACCCUCAUGAAGCAGCAGUUCAGCUCUUUAAUGGCUGCUGACCAACUACUACUCUUCAUGGAAAAAAAGAGUAUGCGUGGGACACCGUGGACACAAGCAACAAUCAACAAGGCACUGAAACUUGGGCUAUCAUGCGGCUCUCAAGGAUACAGUCUCGUGAAGGGACUAGCCGCUUCUUUGCCAGGUGAACGGACUCUACAAAGGCACCUUCAGGAUCACAAAUUCGCACGAGGCCUCCUACACGACAUUAUUCGCACUGUCUCUCAAGGUUGGUGUCAUGGAGUGCCAUAAGAAGCAUGCAGUACUGAUGCUGGAUGAAGUUCAGUUGACACCAGGCCUGGCAUACGACCCCUCUACUCAAGUUGCAAUUGGCAGGCCUUCACUUCCACUGGCUGAUGGCACCUCCCCAGUAGAUGCAGUAGCUACUCAUGCUCUGGUAUAUAUGUUAGGAGGAGUAACUACACGUUGGAAGCAAACGGUUGGGUACCAUUUUGCAGGAAACUCAUUUAGCUCUGUUGCGGUAAAGAACUUUGUUUUGUCAGUCAUAGAAGAGUGAAAAAAUUGGCAUCAAAGUGAAUGCUGUGGUCAGUGACAUAGGUGGGGGAAAUCAGGCGUUGUGGAAGAAGUUUGGCGUAGUCGUGGGAAAAUUUCCCAGGCCUUCUGUAUCUUGUGCUCACCCCUGCGAACCAAGCAGAAAGCUCUAUUUC